AUGAGCUAUCAGCAGCCACAGCUGAGGGGUCCUCUGCAGAGAGAGACAGACUCGAGUGACAGAGAAAGCCUGGUCUCCAGACAUGAACACCGAGGGAAAUCAAGUCUGUCUGCAGCUGUUUUCAACGUAGUCAAUUCUGUUAUAGGAUCUGGGAUAAUAGGAUUGCCUUAUUCAAUGAAGCAAGCUGGAUUUCCCUUGGGAAUACUGCUUCUAUUCUGGGUCUCAUAUAUCACAGACUUUUCCCUAGUUUUAUUGAUAAAAGGAGGAGCCCUCUCUGGAACAGACUCCUACCAGUCUUUGGUUAGCAAGACCUUUGGCUUUCCAGGGUACCUGCUGCUCUCUACCCUGCAGUUUAUGUACCCUUUCAUAGCUAUGAUAAGUUACAACAUAAUAACUGGAGACACUUUGAGCAAAGUUUUUCAAAGACUCCCAGGAGUCGAUCCUGGAAGCUGGUUUAUUAGUCGACACUUCAUUAUUGCAGUUUCAACGGUUACAUGUACUCUGCCAUUGUCGCUGUACCGAGAUAUAGCAAAGCUUGGGAAGAUCUCUUUCAUCUCUACAAUUUUAACAUCUGUAAUUCUUGGAAUUGUAAUGACAAGGGCCAUUUCCUUGGGGCCAAACAUACCAAAGACAGACAAUGCUUGGGUAUUUGCAAAGCCCAAUGCCAUCCAGGCUGUUGGGGUGAUGUCUUUUGCGUUCAUUUGCCACCAUAACUGCUUCCUAGUCUAUGGUUCUCUCGAAGAGCCCACGGUAGCGAAGUGGCGCCGGAUCAUCCACACAUCCAUCUUGGUUUCUGUAUUCAUCUGCGUGCUCUUUGCUACGUGCGGGUACCUUACGUUUACGGGCUUUACUCAAGGAGACCUGUUUGAAAAUUACUGCAGAAGUGAUGACCUGGUGACCUUUGGAAGGCUUUGCUAUGGUAUCACUGUCAUUUUGACUUACCCGAUUGAAUGCUUUGUGACCCGAGAGGUAGUCGCCAAUGUGUUUUUUGGUGGGACUCUUUCAUCAGUGUUCCACACCAUCUUAACAGUGGUGAUCGUUACUGCAGCCACGCUGGUAUCAUUGCUGAUUGAUUGCCUUGGAAUAGUUUUAGAACUCAAUGGUGUGCUCUGUGCGGCUCCUUUGGUUUUUAUCAUCCCCUCUGCGUGCUAUCUGAAGUUAUCUGAAGAACCGAGGACACACUCAGAUAAGAUAAUGGCCUGCAUCUUGUUUCCCGUUGGGGCGGUGGUGAUGGUGGCAGGCUUCGUCAUGGCUAUCACAAAUCCUCAGGACUGCACCCACGGGCAGGAAAUGUUCUACUGCUUUCCUGGCAACGCCUCCCUCGCGAACAUCUCCUGGUCUCAUCUUCAACUGACAGCACAGCGUUCCUUUCGGAACCUCAGCACCUUUCAGUGAGCCGGCUGCUUUAAACAAC